AUGGCAACUCCUCUGGAUCAUCAAGAUGCUCAACGACUGAUCGAAUCGUCUGGCCAGAUUCAUAUGCAUGCGUUUCAAGUUGGUAUUGGAGUUUUGACCGGCUUAGCACUUUGUUGCUUCUUCGUACGGCUAGCCAUACGAAUCAAAUACCAGGGACGUCUACGUCUAGACGAUGCCUUCCUGAUUCUCGCUGCUUGCUGUCUAUGUACGGCAACCGGCAUUCUGUACCAUAUCUGCUAUUUCUUGUAUCUACACUCAGCCGCUUUGCUUGUUCCGGAAAUCCUACCUUACCUUCUCGCUGAUUUCAGCCAACUUCUCCUGCUCGACUCGCAAGUGUAUCCCUUCCUAGCCAUGAUAUGGACGACGACUUUUGCUGUCAAAGGAUGCUUUCUAACAUUCAUGCGUCCGCUUGUGUGGCAUAUAUCGAGGGGCAUGAAUUGGUAUUACUGGUUCAUAGUCACUUUCUGCGUACUAUCUUGGGCAUAUUGCGUCGCAGAUCCUUUCAUCAUCUGCCCAUAUUUUGGGCUAGAAUCAGUCAAAUGCUUCAGUUCCACCGUGGACGGGAAAAAGACAUUCGGACUUACAGUACUAGUUACGGUUCUGGACUUGCUUUCUGAUAUAAUGGUCGUCAGUCUCCCCAUCAUCGUCCUCUGGAACUCGCUCCUUAGUCGAUCUACCAAAUUUGGCUUAGCCAUAUUUCUCUGCCUCUCAAUCUUCAUGGCAAUUUGCGCUAUCAUCAGACUUGCCGGAUUUCACUACAAAGGCCUCGAAGACGACACCUGGGAAUUCUUCUGGCAGCACACGGAAGGUGCUGUGUCGGUCAUGAUGGCGUCUAUCACGGCAUUCCGCACAUUGUUCAUCAAGCAGCAAACCAACAAUGCCGACAAUGCAAAGUCACCCAAUGAUAAUCCUGUAGAAAGCCUUUUCCGCAGGUUUUUCAGACGAUUCCGAUCAUUGGCUGAAGCGCAGCCAGACGAGAAGCCUGCUUCGAUGCAAAGAGGUCCAGUACUUCAACUCCCUAAACUGCCGUCUCCUAUCUUUACUGGCAUGCGCAGUUUUAUUCGUGGGAAUAACAGGACCACCAGGACCAAGACUGAUGUUAGCGCAGCUACAUCUGCUACGAUUGAUUCCGUGUUCGUCGGCUCAGAGGCGGACUAUCAUACUGCUCUUAAGACGCAGAUGCGAACAGCUCCGACAUCUGACCAUACGGUUUGA